AUGGAUCACACAUCACGCGAGUUCCCCCUCGAUUGGGGCAAUUCCGCAGGCCAUCCUUCGAGUGCUCAGGGUCUGCGAUAUCAAAUCGACUACUGGAACGGUACGAGAAGGCGAGGUUUCGGUGCGCAACCCGGCCAGCUUUCCGCCCUGCCGCUGCCGGCAGGUAGAUCAGAUCCUUUUCGCGGAGAUACCGACAACCGACUACUUACAGGGGUUCUGGCCACUGGGCUCGGAGACGCCGGCCCAGACAAGCUGUCCACCCAAGUCGUGCCAUCAGUGCGUCUGAACCACGAAUCAGAAACGCUACUGCCCGAGAUCCCACCACUGUUCAGCUCACUUCCACACGGACAUUGGCAGCUAAAGGAGGAAAAUGCGCGAAGCCAAAAUGACAACAACCCGUUCGGCGGCUUGGCGCCCAGACGCUCGAUGCAAGUCAAGAAAUACCAAGAGCUCUCUCAAGCCACCGACCACAGCGGUGGUCUCGCAGGAUCUCUUGUCCUUUGCUUGGUGUUGCUUUGGGCGGUUGGAUUUGUUCUUGGGAUUGCUUAG